AUGGGUGGCGAUACCGUGUCCGAAGUGCAAAGCUGUGUCGGAUCAGGUAGGACGCCAGCAACUCCUCGAACUGACGACAGCUCGGUGCUGAACGACGCCUUUGAGGCGUGCACCGCCGCGCCAUCGGCGACGGGCAACUUCAAGCGCGAGAUCUGCUUCACCGACCUCCGUAUCGAGACCGCCGACGUGCUUGACCGUUUCUUGCAGCUUGUGAUGAAGGGCAGGUUUCUGAAGUGGGAGGACACAUUUCGAGAGUGCGAAGCGCUGUGCCGCACAGUAGCCUUCAUGCGAAAGUAUGACUGUGGUCCCGGCUCUCUGUCCUUCCUCACGCUCUGCGUCAAGGACAAGCAUCGAAACGCUUUGUUUGCACCCUUCUUCCUGUUCAUGUUCGCUGCGGCCAUGGACGACGUCGAGCUGUCCAUUCAAGCGUUCAGCCUCAACCAACCGAGCUCCCAAACCAAUCGCUAUGGCAGGAUUCGUGAAGCAAAUUACACCACCAACAAAGGGAUUCCUGGCGUGAAGGACGAUAAGGAGGCCGUCGCCUUGUUACGUCUGGUGCCGGACGGCGGGGAAAGCAUUUGGCCGUACCAGCUCUGGCAAUACAUCCCCGCCGACUACCUCUGGGCGGCAACUACAGCGUGGACGAAGACGUGGGCGAUGAUUACCGCCAUUGCGACAAUCGACGCAGGACGGAUCGCAGAGGAGGCGAGGAAGGCAAAGAGGCUCAACUCCGGAGAGAAACCGGCGCAACCCAGCUACCAACGAGUUUCAUAUACCGGAAACAGAUUGGCGCUCGCCGUAGCAUACAAGAGAGCAAUCAGGGCUGUGAAGCAGUUGUCGACCUGA